UUUUUAAAAUUAGAUUAUGAUGAAUGUGGAGGAAACAAUAACCAUUGUCAUCAGAACGCCAUCUGCACAAACAUCAUUGGCUCCUAUAGCUGCCGGCGCUCCGUAGGAUAUGCCGGUGAUGGCUUGCUUUGCAGAGGUAUUAUGUUCAAAGCCCCAAGUUUUAGUUUUUCGUUUAAUUCAUGAAGCAUAAUUAUCAAAGGAAACUCAUCCAAUGGUAAACAGACAUCUCUCGUGAGUUUAAGGCUAGCUACAACCCUGGUCAAAACGUCUUGGGACACUGGAGGAAAUUUGGCACAAAGACGCACUUUGCUAAAUUAACUCAUAUUCUACCUCUUAAAAAAGCUUGGGGAUGUUGUUAUAAGGGGCUAUUUCUGCUGUCCCCCUCUCCCCCAAGCAGUGUUGAUUGUGUUGAAUUAAAACUUGAAUACAUAACGUCAACACUGCACCGAGGGGGAAGGGUGGAGGGAAGAUGCCUCAAUUUGACGAGCUAUUGCGUUAGUGUCCCAAGAGUUUUGACCGGGGUUGUGGAAUAAAGUAGAAUAAGCAUGCUUUCACCGUAAAUUGCGUGAAAAUGUAUUUUCCAAAGAACUCUUUAGAGGGUUUUUAAAUACUGAGCAGCGUAUAAUAGUAGUGAAAUAAGCGUUUAAAUAUAGACUGGAAUAAAUUAGGAGGGAAGUCUUCUCAGCAACUUCUUUUUCCAAUUUCAGAGAUAAUAAAAUUUGCACAUUAUUUCCUAAUCUCUAUGAAUAACAGCAAUAAAGUUGAUUAACUAUCCUUAUUUUAUAGUUCAUAGGUAUACAGACCAUACUAUAACUUUAAAUGCAGCCCAAAAAGAGAACUAAAGUUCAUAGAAAAAGAACAUGUACGUACGGUUGUUGUAUUUCCCUGCAAUUUCAAAAUCUAAGCUCUUGUAGACUUAGUAGCUUAUCGCUCUGGUUUCAACGUUCUCGACAAACCCGAGUGGGGUCGCUUGUUCCGCAGGCUAAAGCUUUCGGGGAUUCAUUAUGUGAGGCUUUUUUUUUUUGUAUACUGAUGGGGCCACCAUUCCAGAAGCUUCAAAAUCCGACGGUACUUUCUAAAGAGAAAUUUUUCUUGCUUCAGAUGUCGACGAAUGCUCUUCAGGUCACCAGUGUGACAGCAGUGCGACAUGUUACAAUACAGAUGGCUCCUGCACGUGCACAUGUAACAGCGGCUUCACGGGGGAUGGACGAACCUGUCGAGGUACGAGCCUUUGAAUAAAUAUUGAACACUGUAAACGACAGUUCUCUAAAGCUUUUCGAUAAAUUAGGUUGGCUGCUAAUAGGUGACAUCAUACGUAUAAGGAAACUUCUCAUACACAAAGUGGGUCAAGAUCUUCGUCCUAAUUAUUUCACGUCCUUUUUGAAACAUGUCCGUUCUUCACAUGCUCAUAGUACUAGAUCCGCCGCCAAUAAACACGUUCUGCCACCUCUCUGUUAAAGAAACUCAGGACUUAGCGUAGGAAGUUCGCAACUGUUUGUCGUUUAUAGAAUAAGUUAGGUGCGUCGGAAACUACGUCUCUAUACAUGAGUGAAUGUUCAGAAAAACACUACAGGAUAAGUUUACCAGUUAAGACAACACCUCAUUAGCACAUUUUAAGGUUUUCAGAUCCUUUCAGACAUUUAUGGAAGUUGUAGAGUUUUUCAUUUUUAUGUCAAAUUUUUUCAUAACUAGUACCUGUUGUGUGGAGGUCCAUUAUAAAAGUACCCGGUAAACGGUUAUAUUUCCACCCUCGUUUUCCUUGUUGUUCCUUCCUCUUCUUCUACUGAUGUCGUUUAAGAAGAAACAAAAAGCAAACUGCGGUGAUAAACAUAAGGAAAUAUAAAAGGGAGAAAAAAGACUUUAACUUGACUUUUCGUAUGUUCAAAACAUACAUUUCAUACAUUUUCAGCAGCGGUCCGCCCCCUCCUUAUUUUUAGGCUGAACUGAAGCCCCUAGCGUUAAGUAAAAUCAUUUUCUCAGCCGAGCUCUCUACUUACUUGCAGAUCUGAAUUUGCCACUGUUUACAGGCACAGAAUUGAAAUGCAUCUCUUCUCAAUGGUCUAGUGACUGUUCUUGUUAGGUCUUGAAAAGUCAGUCACUCCUAUGAAUAUGACAUUCGUUGACAAAAAAGAAGAUCCAGCUUGAAAUAAAUAAAAGUCUUCUUAUCUUCCAGAUGUUGAUGAAUGCUCGCUCAACACCCAUGACUGUCACUCCCAUGCAAUCUGCACUAACACAGAAGGCUCAUUUACUUGCAAGUGUGACGUGAAUGCACAUUACAUUGGUGACGGGAAAACAUGCACUCCUCAUCGUAAUUAUAUGUUUUACUUCAUUUUAAUUCUCUUCGUUUUACCACUCUGCCAAUUGUUAACUUCUACUUUGUGGGAAAAGGUAUCCACCAAUAUUUAUGUCGCCAAAGAGCGACCCCUCACCUGCCUGUCGAUUAUCUUGAUUAUGCUUUGUCCCAGAAUAUACUCUUAAUGAAAUUUCAAACGCACCGCAAGCGAGAUUUUCGUGCUUAUUUUUUUGGUUGCUUCUGACUUUCGUGGGUACUUUAAUUUUGAGUGUAUUUUAGACUAACCUCGCCUAUAUUUUUAAUAAGUCAAUAGUUUUUGGUUUGGUUUGUUUUGUUUUGUUGUGUUUUUUUCAGGUAUAGCAAAUACUGGAGUCGUUGUCAGUUUUCGAAAUGCAGCAUCUUUUAACAGGAUGAAUUUCUGAUUUACUUUUUUUUUACCAGGUAGUCUCGAUGACUCCGUUAUUUUAGCGAAUGAUGCCAGCAAGAUAUCGCAGUUAAAUACCUGGCUUCUUCCGCACUUGCAAAGUUCAGAGAGAAGUUAUUGGAAUCUGUGUUAUAGGGCCUCUAAUCAUGGCUGGAGUUCACAGACCUUUCACAGCUAUUGCGAUAACAAAGGACCCACUGUAACAAUUGUUAGGGUCGGGAUCUAUAUUUUUGGAGGCUACAACGACAAUUCAUGGCAGUGUAAGUCUUUGAAAUAG